GUGAUGGCAUCACUCGCUUUCUCCUUCAAGAUGGGAACUCCAACUUUUGUGUCUAUCCCCUUUAGUACUUCUUCUUCCUUUACUUUAAAAGUAAAUUGCCAGAAAACUCUAGCGGAAACCAGUGCCAAAAACCUCCCUCCAGGGCCAAGAAAAUUGCCUCUGAUCGGAAACUUGCACAAUUUGGUGGGCUCACUACCACAUCACGUUCUUAAAGAUCUAGCCAUAGAACAUGGUCCUCUUAUGCAUCUUCAGCUGGGCGAAGUUCCAACUGUUGUUGUAUCAUCAGCUAAGAUGGCUCAGGAGCUGAUGAAGACACAUGAUCAUGUGUUUUCUCAGAGGCCUGAAAUUCUUGCUUCCAGAAUUUUGUCAUAUGAUCAUACUGAUAUAGUCUUCUCCAAAGGAGAUUAUUGGAAGCAAAUGAGGAAAAUUUGUUUAACAGAACUUCUGGGUUUAAGAAAAGUCAAGUCCUUUGCUCCUAUUCGCGAUGAUGAGGUCUCAAAUCUCCUUGAAUCCAUUCGCUUGGCUGGAGGAUCGUCUCCUGUCAACCUGACAGAGAAGAUUAUGUGGCUGACUAGUGCCAUAGUUUGCAGAGCAGCUUUCGGCAACAGAUGGGAAGAUCAAAAAGCAGUCAUAUCAAUUGCAAGAGAAGCUGUAUCUCUAUCAGGAGGUUUUGACUUGGCUGAUCUAUACCCUUCUAAAGAAUUUCUUCAUGUAAUCACCAACAUGAAACCCAGGUUAGAGAAAAUGUAUCUGAAGUUGGACAAGAUUUUGGACAACAUUGUAAACGAACACAAGCAAAAAUUGGCGAAUCGCAAAGGUGAACCUGCAGAUGAUGAAGAUUUAGUUGAUGUUCUUCUCAGGCUUCAGGGAAGUGGGAGGCUUGAGUGUCCGAUCACUAUUGACAAUAUUAAAGCUGUCAUUUGGGAUCUGUUCGCAGCUGGAACUGAUACUUCAUCAACAACAACAGAAUGGGCUUUAGCAGAAAUGAUCAGGAACCCAAGAAUCCUGAAGAAGGCACAAGAGGAGAUAAGGCAAUCAGUUCAAGGAAAGGAAACAAUCUGCGAAGAAGACAUUCAAAGAUUACAAUACUUGAAGAUGGUGAUCAAAGAAACUCUGAGAGUUCACCCGCCAUUACCCUUGUUAAUUCCAAGAGAAAGCAAAGAAACAUGUGAGAUUGGUGGCUAUGAAAUCCCAGAAAAAACAAAAGUAAUCGUCAAUGUCUGGGCUAUAGGGAGAGAUCCAGAGUACUGGAAAGAUCCUGAUAAAUUUAUACCAGAGAGAUUCCAUGACAAUUCAAUUGAUUUCAAAGGGAUUAAUUUCGCAUACAUACCAUUUGGAGCUGGAAGGAGAAUAUGCCCAGGUAUCAGUUUUGGUCUUGCCAAUAUUGAGCUUCCUCUCGCUAAUUUGCUUUACCAUUUCGAUUGGAAGUUGCCGGGGGAGAUGAGACCUGAAGAUUUAGAUAUGACAGAAGCCUUUGGAGCAACUGUUGGAAGAAAGGAAAAUUUGCAGCUGAUUGCUAUUCCAUACAAACCCUCUUCCUCAUAUCAGGCCUCAACCUAAUUCUGGUAUACAUUUAGCUAAUAAAAAAAUAUGAUGUAUUAAUUACAAUCAUAACAAAUCCUGCAAUUUUAUUUAAAAUAAUAAAAUUUUAUUAUACGGGU